AUGUCUGAUAACCCCAACCCUGGUAAUUUUUCCAACCGACCUCACGAAGAGGUAGAGAAUAUUGCUCGAAAGGGCGGACAGUCUAGUCAUCGAAGCGGUUUUGCUUCUAUGGAUCCCGAAAAGCAGAAAAACAUUGCCUCAAAAGGCGGCCAUGCUUCAAGUGGAAGUUUUCAGCCCGGGGACCCGAGGGCCAAAGAAGCAGGCCGAAAAGGAGGUCACUCAGUCCACUCCGAACAGCCAGAAGAAUAA